UUUGCCUAGCUACAACUCCAUUUCCUACAAGACAUCACUCUCAUCUCUCUCCUCUCAUACACAUGUAUAUUUCUUCUUCCUAGUUUAUUUCUCCAUUAAUGGCUUCCCUAAAAGCUUCAUAUAUGUUUUGUACAUGUAACCUCUCCCACACAACUAUAAUAAAAGCUCCCGGCUCCCGUUGGCAUGGUACCGCCCAAAAAGGCCCGUGAUUUUCACCGAUUUGGUUUCCACGAUAAAAUACUCUGUCCGUUCUAAUUUCUUAAUUUACUCGAUCGGGACAAUUAGUUCCAUCAAAUGGUGCUUUCAUUGAGAGCGGAGCUGAGUUAUGACUUGUACCAUAUCUAUCUGGUGAAGAGCAACUAUCACAGAAUCAUCACAAAAGAUAAGUUCAUCCUAUAUCAUUACAUACUCUUUCGAUACUUAGAUAGAAUAUUUAAGUAUAAAAGUUUACUAUUAUUGUAUAUAUGUGGUAUUUUUAUAAUAAUAGAAAUAUAUUAUUUAAUGCAUUAUUACGUUGCUAAUAAUUAAUGAGAUAUACAAAUACGGUUAACAUUAAACAGUUAAUAGCAGUUAUUAAAAAAAGCAAUUAUUAAUAUUUCACAAAGUAAUCUAGAAAAAAUACACAUAACAUGCUAAAAUAUACAAGUAUAAUUUUAUUAAAAAGGAAACAACGAAAAAUAUGUAUGCUUAAUAAAUUAAUAUUGCGCAUUACUUCUGCAUAAUGCAUACUGAAAAAAAAACUAAUACUGCAUACUAACAUGUAUUGUUGCCAAACGUAAAUAUCAGUAAGGAUGUUUUUACUUGGACUGUAAUUUGUCCCAGACCAGACCAGACCAGUUCAGACCAGACCAGACCAGACCAGACUUGGAUAGUUAUAAAAAUACAAAGAAACCAGACCUUACCAGACCAGACCAGACCAGACCAGAAAAUUACAGUCCAAGUAAAAACAUCCUUACUAACAUUAGCUACUAGUAAUGGUACUGUAAUAUUUAAUUUAAACGAAUAAGUUAAUUAAAAGGAUCUAGGCAUAUGAUAUCUUAUCAUUCAAGGGUAGGCCACCUGAGAAGUGGUAUCAUUGAAACAUGCCAUAAUUAAGUAAUGGGUCCUUUUCAUUCAAUGAAAAAAUUGAUCUCAUACAAACCGUUUAUAUUAUACGUAACUACGUAAGUGAUAUGUAUGGGGCAUGGAAGAUAUGUUUUCACAUUUUUUAUUUAAAAAAAAAAUAGAGCCCAUAUUAAAUGACAAAAGAGAAUGAGAUCGACCCACCCAAACAAAAAGAAACUAUGUGCAUUCUUUCAAAUAUAUCACCUACGUGAAUAUACCAAAUGCAUGAACUUGCAGAGUUGCAGAGAGUUUCCAAAAGGAGAUCGGAUCAAAUGACGUUGAAGCUGAGUUGUAUUGCGGCAGCAGAGAGACCAAAAUAGUUCAUCUGGUGCAGAUCAACACCAAAAGCUAGACGUCCGGACCCCGUCAAUAUCGCGUGCCGACUUUCACUCCGCCGUCCGGUGAUUCAAUCUUACCGCUCGGACCAUCUCGCUCAGUUGUUACAAGCCAUGUCCAAGUGAAGGGAGACGCCCGCCAUUAAGAGAGCUACGUUGGCCGGUUCACAUGAAAAUGGGCUUCGUGAUACUGAUACUUAAGAGCAGUUUGAAAGAAUUUCACAUAAUUAAAUGAGAAUUUGCCUCAAUAGGAGUUAAACAUGGUGAAAAUUCCUAAAUAAGAGUUUAAGUUUUUUAUUCCCUAAAUAAGACCACAUAUUAAUCAUAUACCCUUUAUACCCUUCUUACUAGCGAUUUAGUUUCUUACUCGAUCGAUUAAACCUAUCCCCAAAAUUGAUGCUUCGCUCCUCUGUCGAUGGAACUGUACUGAGGCUUCACCAUGUUCCAUUUUCGCAGCCCAGUUUGACCUCCAGCACCGCUUCGUUCGCCAAUCUUGUUCGCCUCUACUACCGUCGCCUCUCUUCUCCGGAAUUGCCUCCACGGUCGAAGGAGCAGUGCCAUAUUUUCAGAUGUCAAAAUAUGUCACUCCUUUGUAAAGAUGGCAAUGAUGCCGGUCUGCAGCGGCAGACUGCUUCGAUUCCAGAGAUCCACUUGCUAGAAGAGGCGGCGGCGGCAAUAGAUGCAUCCGGUGGCAGCAGAGACAAGGAGGCGGUGGGUGGUGGUAGAUGUGGGGUCAACAAUGUCAAAUGUGGCGGCAGCUACGGCGGUUAUGUCAGAUGCGGCGGUGGCGACCUUGUCAGAUGCGGCGGUAGAAGGUGACGGUGACAAUGAAGGUGGCAGGUGGUGCCGCUGGUGCUGGAGCCACUGAAAGUAGCUGGCUUACUAGAGAGGUUGUUUUGAAAAGGCUGGUGUGUCCAGUGCGGUCAUGUGGUGGAAGACAAAAGAGAAAUGGUACUGAAUAGGAGCUUAAGUUUUCGUAUGUAAUUAAAUAAGAGCUUGACUUUUUUAACUCUUAAAUAGGACUUAAAUAUCCGUUCAUUCCAGAUUUACCCCUAAAUUCUUAUUUUCUAAGACCGUGUCUCAAUCUCACCGCAUCGCUCGUCUCUUGACAAACUCCUGCGAUUAUGAAGAAGAUUAGGAGUGCGGUGGCACAGCCGGAUACGAGCACAACAAAGAACAGACAACAAGGUGACGCAGUAGUGGCAGCGGUGGCACGACGAGUUGGUGAGGCGGCGGCGUCUGAGCAGCGAGCAGAGGCAACGCAGAGGCGGAAAUCCUUUGCAAGUCCCUCCUCCGACCUUAUUCUUCCUUCUUUUCUUCUAGGCUUAUUUUCCUUCAGCGUGGCACUGACUUGUUUUCGAUUUUGUAGCGUGAAGCUACUGGAUCUGUAAUCUCACUACUUUUUUGUUUUUGUAGCUUCAAGCCUUCAAGCUAUUGGAUCUAUGAUCUGACCUUUUUCUUUUUAGUUUCUUCUCUUUCGAUUUUCUUUUCUGUUUUUUUCUUCUAGCUUCUAUUUUCUUCUUUCCGUGUUACUUUA